UCAAACUGGGAAAGUAGGACGUCUGUUUUCUCUUCAAGCUAAAAUACAAAUAAAGGUAAAAAUGAAAAACUAAGAAUCAUCGCUGUGGGUCUACGAAGCAAGAUGAGAUCCACCAUUUCAACAAAAAUAUUUCAGAUCUAAUGAUUCAUAGAUCUCUGUAGCAACACACUCAAUCGAGACGACCAAAAUGUACAUGUCGUAUGGAUGGCCACAGGUGAUCCCACUGGAGCAAGGACAGUGUCCGUCGUCUCAACGGAUCAUAUACUUGAAAGUCAUCAAUGGCUUAUUACUCGUUGUCUCUCCUUCUCAUAUCGAGCUGUGGAGUUCCUCGCAGCAUAAAGUGAGGUUAGGGAAAUAUAAGAGGGAUUCAGAAUCGGUGCAGAGAGAAGGAGAGAAUUUGCAGGCUGUGUGGAGCCCCGAUGGCAAAUUGAUCGCUGUAAUUACGUCAUCUUUAUUUCUUCACAUUUUCAAGGUCCAGUUUACAGAGAAAAAAUUAAAAAUUGGAGGAAAACAUCCUUCUGGUUUGUUUGUGGCAAAUAUAUUUCUUGUUCUCAAUGAGCAGGUGCCUUUUGCAGAAAAGGGCUUUUCAGUGAGCAAUAUUGUGAGUGAUAACAAACAUAUGCUACUCGGACUUUCUGAUGGAUCUUUAUAUAGAAUCUCAUGGAAGGGAGAGUUCUGUGGAGCAUUUGAACUCAAUCACUUUCCAUAUGAUAGCAGCACUGUGUCACUCUUACCAAAUUCUCUGAGUAAUGGUCAUGCUUCUGCAAAGACUUCAGGAGCUUUCGUGCCUGAUCUCAAAGUCUCCAGAACAUGUGCUAUCAUCCAGCUGGAGCUUUGCUUUUCAAUGAGAUUGCUUCUUGUUCUAUAUUCUGAUGGAAAACUGAUGUCAUGCUCUAUAAGCAAGAAAGGUUUAAAGCAACCUGAAUUUAUUAAAGUUGAAAAAGAGUUGGGUUCUGGUGAUGCUGUAUGUGCUUCAGUGGCAUCAGAGCAACAAAUCCUUGCUGUUGGUACCAGAAGGGGGAUUGUUGAGCUAUAUGACCUGGCAGAUUCUGCAUCUCUCAUUCGUACUGUGUCUUUGUAUGACUGGGGUUAUGCAAUGGAUGAUACUGGUUCUGUCAGUUGUAUUGCAUGGACACCUGAUAAUUCUGCUUUUGCUGUUGGGUGGAGGUCAAGAGGACUUACUGUGUGGUCUGUUUCUGGGUGUCGAUUGAUGUCAACAAUCCGUCAGAUUGGCUUAAGCUCUGUAUCUUCUCCAGUUGUGAAGCCUAACCAAGACUGCAUAUAUGAGCCACUAAUGAGCGGCACCUCACAGGUUCAGUGGGAUAAAUAUGGAUAUAGGCUUUAUGCAAUUGAGGAAGGAUCUUCAGAGCGAAUUCUUGCAUUUUCCUUUGGCAAAUUUUGCCUUAACAGAGGAGUAUCUGGCAUGGCAUAUGUCCGUCAAGUAAUUUAUGGUGAAGAUAGGUUAUUAGUUGUGCAGUCCGAAGACACUGAUGAACUUAAAAUUUUGCACCUAAACCUUCCAGUUUCUUAUAUCUCCCAGAAUUGGCCUGUACAACAUGUGGCAGCUAGCAAGGAUGGAAUGCACUUAGCUGUUGCUGGUUUUCAUGGGUUAAUAUUAUAUGAUAUACGGCUGAAAAAGUGGCGAGUGUUUGGAGAUAUCAUGCAGGAACAGAGGAUUCAGUGCAAAGGUUUGCUGUGGCUGGGAAAUAUUAUUGCUGUCUGCAACUACAUUGAUUCUUCUAACACGUAUGAACUGCUUUUUUAUCCUAGAUAUCAUCUUGAUCAGAGCUCACUACUCUGUCGGAAACCUUUGCUUGCAAAACCAAUGGUGAUGGAUGUUUACCAAGAUUAUAUACUGGUGACUUAUCGCCCAUUUGAUGUCCACAUAUUCCAUGUGAAAUUAUUUGGUGAAUUGACACCUUCUAACACUCCAGACCUACAGCUCUCUACAGUACGAGAACUUUCAAUCAUGACUGCGAAGAGCCACCCAACUGCUAUGCGUUUUAUCCCCGAUCAGUUUACUGGAGAAAGUAUGUUAAAGAAACAUAUUUCAUCUGAAGAAGAUUUAUUUGACAGGGAGCCUGCAAGAUGUUUGAUACUGAGAGCCACUGGGGAGCUUUCACUACUGGAUUUAGAUGAUGGAAGGGAAAGGGAACUUACCAAUUCUGUUGAACUAUUUUGGGUUACUUGUGGUCAAUCAGAGGAGAAGAUGAGUCUAAUUGAGGAAGUUUCAUGGUUGGAUUAUGGCUACCGAGGGAUGCAGGUUUGGUAUCCGUCUUCAGGUGUUGACCCUUUUAAGCAGGAGGACUUUUUGCAAUUGGACCCGGAGUUGGAGUUUGACCGUGAGGUAUAUCCUGUGGGUCUUCUUCCAAAUGCUGGUGUUGUUGUAGGCAUUUCCCAGAGACUGUCAUUUUCAGCAUGCACGGAGUUUCCAUGUUUUGAACCAACUCCUCAAGCACAAACUAUAUUGCAUUGCCUACUUCGGCAUCUUCUUCAGAGGGACAAAAUUGUGGAGGCUUUACGGUUGGCGCAGCUAUCUGCAGAAAAGCCUCAUUUUUCACAUUGUCUGGAGUGGCUUCUUUUUACUGUAUUUGAUGCUGAAAUUACCAGGGAAAAUAUAAACAAGAACCACAUCUCAAUCCCUAAACGUGCUACCAACUUCUCUCUUUUGGAGAGGGCUUGUGAUUUGAUUAGAAAUUUUCCUGAGUACCUUAAUGUCGUUGUCAGUGUUGCAAGAAAAACUGAUGGUCGACAUUGGUCAGACUUGUUCUCUGCUGCUGGAAGAUCAACAGAGUUGUUUGAGGACUGCUUCCAGCGGAGAUGGUAUCGCACUGCAGCUUGCUAUAUUCUUGUGAUUUCUAAACUUGAAGGUCCUGCUGUCAGUCAAUAUUGUGCUUUACGCUUAUUACAGGCAACACUUGAUGAAUGUUUAUACGAACUCGCUGGGGAGCUGGUGAGAUUCUUACUGAGAUCUGGAAGGGAAUUUGAACCAUCAUCAACUGAUUCAGAAAAAUUAUCGCCCAGAUUCUUGGGCUAUUUUCGUUUUCCUUCUAGUUACGGGAGUCCAUCUUUGGAUAAAAGCACCUCAUUCAAGGAGCAGAGUCCUAAUUUAGCUUCUGUUAAGAACAUCUUAGUAAGUCAUGCUAGCUAUUUGAUGUCGGGAAAAGAACUUUCCAAGCUUGUUGCAUUUGUAAAAGGCACUCAGUUUGAUUUAGUGGAAUAUCUUCAACGAGAAAGAUAUGGCAGUGCCCGCUUAGAGAAUUUUGCCUCAGGGCUCGAACUAAUUGGGCAAAAGCUUCAAAUGGGUACAUUGCAGAGCAGGUUGGAUGCAGAAUUUCUCUUGGCUCAUAUGUGCUCUGUCAAGUUCAAGGAGUGGAUAGUUGUUCUCGCCACUCUUUUAAGACGAUCUGAGGUCCUUUUUGAUCUUUUUCAUCAUGAUAUGAGGUUAUGGAAAGCAUAUGCCUUUACAUUACAGUCCUAUCCCACGUUCGCUGAGUACCAAGAUCUGCUUGAAGCCUUGGAGGAGAGACUUCCAUCUGCUGCACAUACAGAAGAGAAAUGAAGAUGGUCUGAAACUAAGUGAAGCCUUAUCCUGUUUUACAACACACUGGGGCUAAUGAGAGUAUUUUUCUUUUUAUCCUAAUGAGAUGCUGCUUUCCUGUGAACCGAGUACUCAGUUGUCCAUUUCAACAGAUGAACAGAAGUUACUGACCUGGAAAUCAAGAGAUGGGAAUGUCACAAGUUUUCGUGUAGGUAAGGAGCAAAGGCAUACUGAAAUGUUCUGGAGGAAUUUUUAUUUCUUUUUUCAUAUUUUUUAGAUUUUGUAUAAUGGUCGUUGUAUUAAUAAAAAAUAAAUGAAAAGCAAUUUGCCCGAUUAGAACGCUAGGUUUACAUUGUACAACUGGAAUUUUUUUUUUUUGCUGUGGCUUCUUAUUUGAGUCGUACCAGUAUAGAUCAUACUAUUUAACAUUUAAUUCAUCUAGUUUAUAGAAAUGACCCAUAUGUUAUUAGAACCCAUCUCUAUGUAAGUGCCAGACCUCUAAUAAUAAGAAAGAUAUUGAACUUUUAUUAUUAUUA